CCGAAAAUGUUAAAAUCUAAAAUCCCAAAAAGAAACGAAGAGGACACAUAACAUUCUAUAAAUAUACAUGAUGGUUAGUCUUAGUAAUUCACAUCACAAGUCAGCAGUCCCCAAGUAACAACUCUCCAAAAAAAACAGAAAAAAUGGCUCCUCGUGUGAUCUUUCUUCUCCUCUCCCUUGUUUUUCUCUACCUGACAAACACAUCACACUCGUUGGAAAAGUUUCAAUCAUUUAUACACCCAAUAAAAAAAGACGAGGCCACAAAAACCUAUACCAUCCCUCUGUCCAUCGGCUCAAGUUCCACCCACGAGUUCGUCCUUGACCUCAACGGAGUCGCACCGUUAUCGCAAAACUGCGCCACAGCCGCCAAAUCCUCAAGCUUCCACCCCAUCAGAUGCGGCUCAACGAGAUGCACCUACGCAAACCCGACCUUCUCCUGUCCCAGCAACCCCACCACUAAGACGAAGACACCGUGUCGCUCCUCCGACAAUGCCCGGCUCUUCCGCGACACCGUCCCGUUAUUUUACUCAUCCAAUGGAGUAUACACUAGGGACAGUGAAAAGAGCUCUUCGCUGAGUUUGACCUGCACUGAUGGUGGUCCUUUGAAAGGAACCAUCGGUCUCGCUAACACUCACUUGUCCAUUCCCACGCAGCUAGUCUCCAUGUACAAGCUUCCUCCAAAGAUGGCUCUCUGUUUGCCUUCCACCGAAAAAUCAAAAACUUAUUCUGGUGACCUUUGGAUCGGUAAAGGGGAGUACUACUAUCUGCCUUACUUAAAAGAUGUUUCUACGAUCUUUGCCUCCACGCCUCUGAUCAAUGACAAGUCCGGUGAGUACUUAAUCGAUGUGAAGUCCAUCCAAAUCGGUGGAAAGAACGUUCCCAUACUCCAUGGAGCCACAAAGAUCUCCACUUUGGCGCCUUACACCGUAUUGGAAACUUCCAUCUACAAGGCUCUUGUCACAGACUUCUUCGGAAACGCCAAGAUGGCUAAAGCUCCAGCCGUGAAGCCUUUUGGUGCGUGCUUCAGCUCCAAUGGAGGACGUGGAGCUCCCGUGAUCGACCUAGUGCUGAGCGGAGGGGCUAAGUGGAGGAUCUACGGGUCUAAUUCGCUGGUGAAUGUGAAUAAAAAAGUGGUUUGUUUAGGGUUUGUGGACGGAGGUGUGAAUCCGAAGAACCCUAUAGUGAUUGGAGGCUUUCAGAUGGAAGAUAAUUUGGUGGAGUUCGAUCUCAAAGCUUCCAAGUUUUCUUUCUCUUCUUCUCUUUUGCUUCACAACACUUCUUGUUCAGUAGCUAGAUUAUCACCUUUCUAAUUAAUGCGCGUGAUUAAAUAUCGAUGUUGCAUAUCAUUUGCUUUCAACAAUAAAUAAAGCGAGAUAUAGCAGCAGUGUCGUUUUGAAUAAGUUGAACUUUUCUAAAAUUUUACA